UCCAAACCAACAUACACCGUCGACCAUUUUUGACCAUUGGAUUUUAUCGUCCGCAAAUCCUGACAUUUCGUGGCCAAAGAUAGGCUCGCAAAAGACAUUUGUGUCAAAAUAAUAGUUCUUUGUUGAUUUGUACCCACUUCAACUUUUUUUUGGGCGAAAGGCGCGUCCUUGCAAUCUUCUUUUUUUGCAACUGGUUCUAUUCAUUGAUCUAUCAGCCAUGUCUCGAGGCGGCACUACCCUCUACGUAACUGGCUUUAGCCACGGUACUCGCGCUCGCGACCUGGCCUACGAGUUCGAACGAAUCAUUUCGAUCGAGACUCGGGAAGAAAAGACAUCACGAUUCCUCCUCCACUCUUCGUCGCUCCGUCCCUCUUCGCUGCCAGCAUCCUUUCCGUCGAGACCAUCGCAUCGCAUCGCAUCGUCCUCUCCUCCGCAUUCUAUUGCCGUCACAUACUGCCUCCUCAUGAGCUAUUGCUCAUACGCCAGCCAUUGCACGGUCGAGCGGUCGAUGCCGAAUGGCGCAACGUGCUAUGGCCGCCUUGUCCGAUGCGACAUUCCGGCACCUCGAUCUGCGUCUAGCAGGCUUUUCGCAUUUGUCGAGUAUGAAGAUCGCCGUGACGCUGAUGAGGCAUACCACGACAUGCACAACAAGCGCCUCGGCCGUGAUGACAUUUUGAAAAUCGAAUGGGCCCGCACCCCUCCCUCAGCGUCCUGGCGCUUUGAGUCGGGCCGCGACCGUGACCGCGGCAGUGACCGUGGCGACCGCUCUCGCCGCUCUCCUCGACGCGGCCGAUCUCCCUCGCCUCCCCGCCGCCGCGAUUACUCCCCUAGGAAGGAUGAUCGCCGUGACAGGGACAGAGACCGUGACCGCGACUACGACAGGGACUCUCGCCGCGACCGCGACCGCUCUCGCAGCCCCGAUACCCGUGACCGUGACCGGGAGAUGAAGGAUGUGGACCGCGACGACCGUGACCGCCGCGAGAACGGUACCAAUGGCGAGGACCGCAAGCCCGCUGCCGACAGUCCCCCUCCAGCUCGCGACGAAGACCUUGACGUCGCCGAGUAGAUACAUUUCCCAAAAAACGGCGUAGCACCAUGUCAUAUCCCCCGUCUCUCAUAUUAUUUCUCCAGUUGGGGGCAAGUUAGGCUCAUUGUCUCUUGUUUCUGAUUUUCUCCGGGUUUACUCACUUGAUCGCUCCUUAUUGGCGUUUCACAAAAAUCACUUGUGUUUAGUUUCGAGCCGCCGGCCGAUCCGUUGUCGAAUAUUACUUUUCAUAGACAGACGAGCGAUACGUAACCGGGAAAACACGCGAAUCGAUCGAACGGAACAGAACGGAAUCCACGAACGAGUGCGUCUAGUGAUACCAGCGAGCCUUUUUCACCACUUGCAUCAAUUCCCCGAUCCAGUAAUUAGUCCGCUUUUUUAGUUAGCAACGACUGCCAUUUAGUAGUACUCCGUGUUUCUGACGCUCUUGAUUAACCGUGGUCGCGUGGAGACUAUUUUAUUGUUUUUGAAAUGCAUAUAUUUACAGUGUUGACAACAGCCAAUGCGAAUCAUAUACGAUCCUUUUCUGGAGAGGUAAGUAAUUUUGGCGAGAUUCCACCUGUUCAGACGCAAUUAUCAGAGAUCUCUACAGGCUCCCAGGAAAAUAAGGAGAGAAGGACAAUCCUGAUGUGAGGGGGCAUAGCCACAGUACCGGACUUUGCCAUGUAGAACACUACAGACGUUUCAGUCCAAAGCACUGUAGGCAGGCAGCUUCUCUGCAGCUGUGACAUGUGUCAAAUGUACCAAGCUCGUUACGCAGAGUUCUGACCGGUUUGGUCAGCAUCGCUAUGAGCAAGAAACUCUAGAUCAAAGCGACUGAUUGCCC